AACCUCUGCUGGUGCCUGGAGUGGACGACGCGUAGACAUGUUGCUGAGUCCGGACCCUUCGACCCUUUCCUGAGGGUUCAAGAGUUGAUUUUAAUUAGUUUUUUAUAAUUCUUUUACUGUCGCGUGCGGGUUUGAACCGCGACGUCAACAAUGAUGCGCUUCCUGCUGCUCUUCAGUCGCCAGGGGAAGCUGCGUCUGCAGAAGUGGUUCACAACCGUUUCAGAGCGAGAGAAGAGGAAGAUCAUCAGGGACAUGACCACCAUGGUGUUGGCACGGCAACCCCGCUCCUGUAACUUCAUACACUGGAAAGACCAAAAAAUCAUUUACAAGAGGUAUGCCAGCUUGUAUUUCUGCUUGGCCAUAGACAAUGAUGAGAAUGAGCUGCUAGCCCUGGAGGUUAUUCAUCGUUAUGUGGAGCUGCUGGACAAGUACUUUGGCAAUGUGUGUGAGCUGGACUUAAUCUUUAACUUUGAGAAGGCCUAUUUUAUCCUGGAUGAGUUCCUAAUUGGCGGUGAGAUACAAGAAACCUCCAAACAGAUUGUGAAUCGCUGUAUCGAAGCCUCGGACAUGCUGCAGGAGGAUGACAGCAGUGAGUGGUUUGAGGUGGAGCUGUUUGGAUCACCUUGAAUAUGGACAGAAAGACCAUGGAGGAGUAUAUGAGCAAACCUGCAUUUUAAAUCGUGGAAAAGGGACAUAAAUGGGGGAGGACUACAGGAAGCAAGUGUACUUUACACGAGUCAAAGAAGAUUCUGAAUAUGGAAAACGGGAUCACCUUUGAUUGUACUGCGGAUUUUCAAAGGGAAAAGUUGCCGUCUCGAAUGUCUGAUCCUGCUCUAAGCACCGCGGCAAUAUAACCUGAUUUGAGAGUAAGUGUGUUUGUUCAUAGAAAUUCAUUCAAGUGAAGGAAGGGGGUCGGGGAGUAAAGCUUUUUUUAUUGAUUGCUAUCAUUAAAAAGCGAAUGAAGUAGUAAUACAGGUCCAGGGAUAUUGGAUAUCUUUGUUCCAAAAACUCUAUUUGGACUGUUUGCCUGAAAAUUAUGCAGAAUUUCUGUGAAGUUAAAAAUAAAAAAAUGUACUUUAGCAAAUAACAAAUUAUGAAUGAAAGUAGUUAUAUGUUUGAGAUUGUUUUUACUCUGUAUAAAUAUUAAUAUGUGGGAUCAUUGGUGUUGAAAAAGAGCAGUUGCUCGUGUGGGUGUGAACAUCACUGUUUUUCAUGAUGUGAAAUGUAUAAUAUCGGAUCUUAAGAUUAAAAUAAAUAUGUAUUUUGAUAAAAUA